GCGGGGCUGAGUGGCCCCGGAGGUAAUCUAGAGCUCUCAAAAUGUUUGCCAAAGCAACAAGAAGUUUUCUUAGAGAAGUCGAUGCUGAAGGUGACCUGAUUGCAGUAUCAAACUUGAAUGACUCUGAUAAGUCUCAACUUCUAAGUCUGGUGACCAAAAAAAAGAGAUUCUGGUGCUGGCAGAGACCCAAGUACCAGUUUUUAUCUGUCACCCUUGGAGACGUACUCACAGAAGCCCAGUGUCUGAGUCCAGUGGUCGUGGAGUCGGACUUUGUGAAAUACGAGGGCAAGUUUGAAAACCAUGUGAGUGGGACCAUUGAGACGGCACUGGGGAAGGUCAAGCUGAACUUUGGAGGCAAAGGCCUCAGGGAGAGCCAGUCUUCGUUUGGAACCCUGAGGAAGCAGGAGGUGGACUUGCAGCAGCUCAUCAGAGAUUCCGUGGAGAGAACAAUAAAUCUGAAAAAUCCUGUGCUGCAGCAGAUGCUGGAGAGUAAGAACGAGGUCCUGUGCAUCCUGACACAGAAGAUAGUGACAACGCAGAAGUGUGUGAUAUCUGAGCACAUUCAGACUGAGGAGAAGUGCGGUGGCAUGGUGGGGAUCAAAACCAAGACCGUGCAGGUGUCAGUGACGAAGGAUGAGAACAUUAUCAAGGAUGCCAGCGUGGCGCUGGAGAUCCCGGCUCCCACCACCAUCGCGUACAGCGUCAUCGAGUUGUAUGUGAAACUGGACGGCCAGUUCGAAUUCUGUCUCCUACGAGGGAAGCAUGGUGGCUUUGAGCACCAGAGGAGGAGCGACAUUGUCUUCCCGGACGCCGGGGCCUUACAAGACUUUCCGUUCUGGGAUGUGCCAGAUGCUGGGCAGGGGCUGCCUACCCCAGAUGGGCCAUUGAGUGUUUUAAAACAAGGAACUCGGCUCCUGGAGAAGAAUUUCUUUCCCUUUGUGGAGCUGCCGGAGCAGCACCGGACAGCGCUGAACACCGUCCUCCAGGCGGUGCUGUCUGACGAAGAAUUACUCGCGGUCCUGGAACAAGUGUGUGACGACUUGGUCCACAGCCUGUCACCCCCGCUGGCGAUGUUGGGGGAGCUGAAGCCCCCGCACCGGCAGGACCUCACAGCCUUCCUGCGGCUGGUGGGGUACAGGGUGCAGGGCGGGUGUCCUUGCCUGGAAGACGGGGUCGGCAGCCAGAAGCUCUUCUCUACGGCCUAUUUCUUGGUCAGCGCGCUAGCAGAAAUGCCAGAUAAUGCAGCAGCUCUCCUGGGCACUUGCUGUAAGCUCCAGAUUAUUCCUGCGCUGUGCCACUUGCUGCAUGCUAUGUCUCAUGAUGGAGUAUGUGAUCUCGAAGACCCAGCCUUGGCUCCUCUGAAAGAUACAGAAAGGUUUGGGGUUGCGCAGCGUCUGUUUGCCUCGGCCGACAUUAACCUGGAGAGAGUGCAGUCGUCCGUGAAAGCCGUCACCCCCCUGAAAGACCCUAGCGUUCUCCCGCUCAUUCUUUACAUAAGCCUGAAGGGACUCUGUGCUUUAGGCAGAGAGCAUUAAUAAUGUCGUAUUGUGACUUACACGUUAUCGGCCAAGGCUGAGUAUUUUUCAGUAUCGUUAAGAUACUCCUUUGUGGCUUAGGUCAGAUCCAUGUUAAAAGUUGAUCAAGGAAAUGAAUUUGCAAACCAGUUUAAGAAGUGGUGACUUUUUUUCACUAUGAAUCACCUCGAGUUUAGCCACUGGGUCCUCUGCAAACAGUCUUUUUCUCCCAAGGACCCUCCUGUGCUGGUGACUCAGUGCCCCAGUUGGACUCCAGCACCUGGAAAGCUGGAGGAGGGCUGAGAAUUCUAAAGCCCUUUUUUUCUGCAGAAAAAUGGGUCCAUCUAUCACUUUUUUAUAUUUCCCACUUUCUGUUAUACAAAAACAGAUGAGUCUGACACUUUGAUCCAAAAAUUCGUUUUAAAUUGUGAAUGCUGUGGGAAGGCAAUUUCUCUUUCUAGAAGAGGCUGUAGUGAUUGAAAAAUGACCUUUAAGUGCCCCUGGAAUACAUAUAUUCUUCUACUAAACAAAAUUAUACUAAAAUAAUCUUCCUUCCUUAGGGGUCUAGCUAUACUCAUUUUAUUUGACUUUGCCAUGCUUUGAUGAACAUAGUAAUUCUCUGUCUAGAACAGUGUGCUGAUUUCUCAUGCAUUCUGGAUGUUUAAUUUGUAAAAGACUACCUAUUGUAA